CAUGUGCGAUACGUACUGUUUGUGUUCGCGUUGGUAACUUUGUUUUCUUUGUGUGGAUUUUAAAAUAAUAUGUUAAAAUGUUAAUCUUAGUGAUAGGCCAUUAAUGAUUAGAUGAAUACACUGACACCCAUUUCAUUUUACUUUUUUCGUAACCGUUUACUUUAUCAUUUUUUUACCACAAAAAGGGGAGGCCUGCAACAUCCCCGGAUUUUCUUAUUACUCGCCCGGCCUUGCAAGUUCAGUAACGUCGGGAAGAGAACGAUCUUUCCUCCCAAAGACAUACGGGCAAGACGCUCGCCCGGCAAUAGCGAAAUGCCGAAGAAAAAUAAAACGGUCAAAAAUACCCCAAAACCAGCUGAAUCACCCUCGGGUCCUGUAACCCGGGAUAAAAUCGGCUUGAUUUCUAUCGCUGUACAUGCGAAGCCGGGUGCUAAACAAAAUGCCAUCACCGAUGUCUCCACAGAGGCAGUAGGGGUCGCUAUAGCUGCACCACCAUCAGACGGGGAAGCGAACGCAGAGCUGGUUCGGUAUCUAUCCAAGGUGCUGGAACUGAAGAGAAGCGAGGUGGUUUUGGACAGGGGGUGCAAGUCAAGAGAAAAGAUAGUCAAGAUUUCAGGUUCUAUAAGCCCGGAAGAUGUUCUUGAGAGACUGAAACGAGAGGUGGCGGGCAGCUGAGAGGAGUAAAGAGAUUAACGGGGGACACUUCGCAUUGCUUGGUCUGCCAGCAUGGGAGACUAGACAAGCUGUGUGCCUGGAAGCUCAGCACUGGCUGGUGAUUGAUUGAACUCAUUUGGUAAACCAGAAAUUCUGAUGAGAUAUUCACUCAUUUGACAUUCAAGGAGCAACAUGGAGAAGAAAGCAGCAGGAAUCUUGUAGACACAUGUUCAUUGACAGUCUCUUUGUUUGCUCUAAUAAUAGUUAAUGCUAAUUGUGUUUUCUUUUUAAGAUUCUCCUCCUCGGAUAUUCAGUAUGCUUGGAUUUUUAUUUUUAAUUUCAGCGUGUGGCAGGUUUUAUGUAGCGAAUCCCAGAAAAUAAACAUGAUCACUCCAGGCUAUUUUUCACGUGUUAUAAAAUAAAAUGAGACAGCUGUGAACAUCCUCAGCACUUACACGGACAAACGAGAAAAAAAAUGCUGCUGCUUUAAAGAAAUUAUAAAGAUCACAACCCAACAGCAAGGAUUUCCCCCCAAAAACUUAGUGUCUUCUUGAACAUGUGUUAUUGUAUGUUAUUCUGUCUUUCACAGUUAGUUUUGUUUUGUUUCAGGGUACCUGAGUUCACUAUUCAUGCCUGCUUCAGUAUUUCAGGCUAAAAGUUCUUGUUCUCCAUCUUUGUCCUUUGUAGCAAGAAAUGAAAUGAAAUAUGGAUAACAUCAAAGCACAUCUAAAAAAAACAUACUGUAUAUAUCUCAGCUAAAUGAGACAACAUCAAAGUUCCUUAGAUGUUUUCUUAAAACUGUGGCUUUCAGGUUCAUGCAGCUUGCUACACUGCUACCUGCUAUGGCAGUUCUUUGUGCAGCGGGGCUUAGUUGUCUUAUAUACAGUACAUGUCUUGCUCAGAGUAGCUGAGAAAGACUAGUAGACAGUACAGACUUGACCAGCCUUUCUUGAAAUCAUUUUAUUACAUGGCUAAAAAAAAUCAACAGCAGACUUUUCUUUGAGUUUUUAAAAAAAUCAAAAUUGCAUUGUCACAGCUGUAGCAUUGUUUUAUCAGAUUUUAAUUGAUUAUUCUGUACUGUGUAUGAGUUCAGCAUAUUGUUCAGCUUCAGUGUUUGUGAACUGCAUUGUUCUGUGUGUUGGCUUUCAUACAGUAAGUGACUUCCUUAGGUUGAAGUAUAUCUGGUGCUAAAUAAACUAGUCUUAGUGUGAGGUCCUAAAUAAAUGAAAUAUAUUAACAUAGCAAAUUUUAAAGGUAUCUGCAUUUUUAAUACCACGUUGAUCAGCUUAAUAACUGC